GAGAGAGAGAGAGAGAGAGAGGAGUUCUCUCGGUUGGGAUCCAUCAUCCAUGUAGUUGCGGCGUCAGAAUAUAGAAAUCAAAAAAACAAAAACUGCAGGCUGCAGCUGUUGUUGAGUCUUGUUCUUGCUUCGCUCCCUUUAUUCUCGCUAGCUGCUCCACACCAUUACCGGUCAAUCUCAGACUUUUUGAUCCAAGCAAAAGAUAAAUAAAUUUCAAAAUGCUAUCCAUAUUCUCCUCCUCCUUCGCAUUGGAUCUUUCGGAUUUCUCUAGCUCCCUUUCAGAUUGUUCUGCCUCUCUCUCUCUCUCUCUCUCUCAGUUCUUAGUUCAAGCUGCAAUGGUGGUUCAUCUAGAGCUAAAGCUCGAGAUAACAGUUUAGGUUUGAUUUCUUUAGCUGCUUAUAAAUUGAUGUUGUAGAGACGGAAGAGAUCGGGAAGUUUGUUUGUUAAUGGGCGACUUGGAUUAGUGGAAGUUAGAAGAAAUGCAGCUCUGUUAUCUCUUGGGUUUUCAGUCAAUUUUCUCAGUUCUUGAGCUGGAUUUGAGAUCUACAGGUCUUGUUCUCGCUUUUGGAGAGAUUUGAGAAUUUUGUUCGCUGAUUCAAGGCUUAAGACUCUUCGUUUUUUUUUUUUUUUUUUUUUUGAGGUUUGGAUGAUAUAAGAAAGGUUACAGGUGGAAGAUUUUUCUCUUUCUUUCGCCUCUUUUGUUACUGGGGCUUAGAUUCCGCAAUGAACCGCAGCUUUAGGGCUCCGGAAUCACAGAUGCAGGCGGCCGUACAGCAGAGGCAGCCGGUAAGGAAGCUCGGGACGAUGAAGGAGAAGGAAGAGGAGCUUGCUUUGUUUCUUGAGAUGCGGAAACGAGAGAAGGAACGGGAUAGCCUUCUUCUUCAUAACUCGGAAGAGUUCGACGCUCCGCUGGGAUCUAAACAUGGCGGUUCUCCCAUAUUUAGGAUUGUCUCACCCACACCUGCGCGGAAGACUCGGGCUGAUAAUUUCCUGAAUUCAGAAAAUGAUAAAAAUGAUUAUGAUUGGCUUCUUACACCACCUGGUACUCCUCUUUUCCCGUCCUUGGAGAUGGAAUCACAGAAGCCAUUUAUGAGUCAGAUUGGGACUCCUAAAACACGUCCUGUUUCAUUGAAGUCUAGGUUAGCAAAUCCACAGAUUGAGCCUGUACCAAGGGGCAAUCCUUUAUCUAGGCAACCUACUUCAUCCCCUGGGUUGAGCUCUACUCCUACAGGAACUCGAAGACCUUCAUCAUCUGGAGGACCAGUUUCAACUGCAUCUAGACCUCAAACACCAACUGGACGACCAACAUUAACGGCACCAGCUAAACCCUUAAGACCAUCCACGCCUACUUCACGAGCCACCUUGCCUUCAUCUAAGUGCACGGCUCCUACAAGAUCCUCCACCCCUGCAAGAUCUGUGGCUAGAUCUUCUACACCAACAGCAAGGCCAACUGUACCAGCAUCCAAGCCCAUAUCAAGGUCAACAACACCAACUGUACCAGCAGCCAAGCCCAUAUCAAGGUCAACAACGCCAACUGUACCAGCAGCCAAGCCCAUAUCAAGGUCAAAAACGCCAACUGUACCAGCAGCCAAGCCCAUAUCAAGGUCAACAACACCAACUCGUAGAACGCCAACAACAUCAAGUGUACCUAGGGUCUCUGCUCCUCCUGUACGGUCUUCUUCAGUUACGAAGUCGGCUCCUACAGCAGCAACAAAACUGGUGCCAUCACGUGGCAGUUCUCCAACAGUAAAAUCCAGAACGUGGAAUCCCUCGGAGAUGCCUGGGUUCUCACUCGAUGCUCCCCCAAAUCUAAGGACAUCACUACCUGAAAGGCCACUUUCAGCCUCUAGGGGUAGACCUGGAGCUCCCAGUGCUAGAUCAUCCUCUGUGGAGGCAGGUUCCAAUGGAAGAACAAGAAGGCAAUCAUGUUCUCCUUCAAGGGGACGGGCUCCAAAUGGUAGCAUCCAUACCAGUGGAAGCUCUGUUCCUGCAGUGAGUCGAUCACACUCCAAUAGUAGUGAUAACGUUAGCCCUGUUGUAAUUGGAACAAAGAUGGUGGAAAGAGUAAUAAACAUGAGGAAACUGGCACCCCCGAAGAGAGACGAGCCACACUCUACCCAAAACAACUCCGGAGGGAAGUCAUCAUCAUCACCAGAUAGCUUAGGCUUUGGAAGAACACUCUCAAAGAAAUCUUUAGAUAUGGCUUUGAGGCAUAUGGAUAUAAGGCGAAGCAUUCCAGGAAACUUGCGCCCAUUGAUGACAAACAUCCCAGCUUCUUCAAUGUAUAGUGUAAGGUCAGGGACAACCAGAAGCAGGACAGUAAGCAUCUCAGAUUCUCCUCUUGCCACAAGCAGCAAUGCCAGUUCAGAGCAAAGUGUCAACAACAAUGCCCUUUGUUUAGAUGGGAGUGAAGUAGAUGAUGAUGAUCUUGGUAGUGAAAGAGGUGGUCGAUCUAUUCCUGCAAGUCAGUAUGGUAGGUGAUCUGAAGGAUCAUUAUUGUUUGGAAAUAGUUUUAUGCAACUUGCUGAAGGAAAUUCAACCUCAGAGAAAAUUGUCUUCACAAAUUACUGACAAAAGAUAUGCUUCUAUGUUUUUGUAAAGUUUAUCGGAUAGGCUCUCUGCUAAAUUUUAAUUUCGUAGGCAUUUGUACUAUUAGGGAAGAUGGUUAGGUAUGCCAUAUAGUUCUCUGGUUCAACAACCAUGAAGACGUAUUGUGAAUCAUAUUUAUACAAACUCGUAAUGUUGUAACUGGAAAUUGGAAGGUAAGGUUUAUUUUUCAUCUCUA